AUGGACUAUCUCUUUUGGAGGAAUAACAGCAUUGUUGAACCUGAAUUAGACAUGGAUCCUUAUCCUUGGAUAAUAUGGUACAUUUGGAAGGUCCGUAAUGACAAUCUCUUUAGAGGGAUAGACAGAAAUCCAUUGGAGUUAGUUCGUUAUGCAGAGAGUGAAUGUCAAGCCUUGUUUAAUGCAAAUGAGAGGGUGCCGCCAAUUGUACGAGAUCACAGCACUGAGGAACCUCAAGUCUUAAGCUUGAACAAUAUUUGCAUGAUAGAUAGGUCAUGGACACCCACAGAUCAGUUCAGUGAAUGUGGAUGGUUAUGGAUGGACAGCAUUGAAAAUGCUUAA